AAGACUGACUGAAAUUUUAAGGCAAUCGUAGUAAAAUUUACACAACAUAGACGCCGCAAAAGUUAUCACUACUGUACGCCUAAUAAAGGCUACUGACUGAGUACAUAGGUUCCUAUCUAGUGUCCACUUCAAAGGCACCGACAACUGACCAAUCAAAUUGUUUCUGCUUCUUUAACUUCCACUCAAUAGAUUUUGGUUUUUAGACUUCACUUCAGAAUCUCUUCUGGUGUUGCAUUGUGCAGAUACCUGAGUUCAGACUCGUAAGUGACCCAUUGCAAGGAAGGAGUUCCUAGUACAUGUCACGUGCUGAUUGUCAAUAGACAGUACUAUCCUCACGUUAUUAGCAUACCGCACACUUCACGGAUGAUUGCUCAAACCAGUGUAUAAAGGACAGACCACAGAAUAGAAUAGGGUCUAGUAUAUUGCAGGCAUAAAACCUGGACAUUGUAUCGUUUUGAAUUAAACAGAUAACAAAUAUUGAGUAGAGACAGUAAAAAAAUUAAUAGCACCAUGCAAGUUGGAGUGCAACAUCAAAGUUGGAUGUCGCGAACUAACACAAUGGAGAGUUGCGCCGCAGAAAUUCGAGAGCUCUCCUCGUCCGGCUCAAGUAUGAACAGUUUGUAUAGUUCCAGAUCUCGUAAUCCGGCGACUAAUUCGCUGGUAUCGCCGUCGUCAGCGGCCGAGCAACACGGUGCGUUUCCGUACGCGGCGUAUUCGUGCUACGGUGCGUCCGAACCCCCGAGUCUGAAUCACAGCGACUCCGAGAUUAUGGCCUGCAGCGUAGGCAACGCGUGGGGAUCACCGUCCGAGAGAAGUCACUCAAGAUCCCAGUAUCACAACGGAGCCUUCAGUAACGCCGCGUUCCUAGCUUCAACACAGCAAUCUGCACAUGCAGCCCAACAACAGUGUCAAUAUCUUGCCGGGCAAGGUUAUUCUGCUGGUUACAGUCUACAUCAUAACCCUAGUUAUCCUUUUGACUUUACAGGUCCUGCUGCUCCUCUGCUCUUCACCACUACACCAAGAAGGACAAAACGUCGUCCAUAUUCUAAACAACAGAUUUUCGAACUAGAACGUGAAUUCCAGUCGAACAUGUACUUAACACGUGAUCGACGAGCCAAACUUUCACAAACACUAAACCUGACAGAGAGACAGAUCAAAAUCUGGUUUCAAAACAGACGAAUGAAGAUGAAGAAAAUGAACGAAAAGGAAAAGAAUGACAAAAACAAGAAGAUGACAACGUCCUCAGAGCACCAUCUAAGUCAUCGGAAGGAUCUCGGUGACGUUCAUUCGUGUUGAUGUUCGACGGGAAGCGCAUCCGAGGUUACCCUGUUUAUUCGACACGGGUUUAGGCAGUCGACCCUUCUUUCGGCCUACCCGCUAAUUCCUACCCUUAAAUCAUCAUUACCAUACCGGUCAUAAAAACAUCUUGUUUGGUGUAAUAGGCAACACGAGAUACGAACAUAAGUUCUUUAUGCAAAGACAUUUGUUUCGCAACGAAGACUAUUGUGAAUGGUUUUAUUGAGCUAGACAGAUGUUUUUAUGCCAAUGACAUAGUUGUCAAGUCGAUAAGAAUGGUAAACAAUUGAGUAUGCAGCCUUACACAGUGUGAGCAUGGUAUAUAUUUAACGAUGACAGAAGUAGGCCUAACUCGUCCGUCAUAGUUUCGUUAAAUUCGUUGGUAAACGAAUAGACUUAAAAGCGUGAAGGCCCAGUGUCUGAGAUUGUACGUCGACUGCCUCACUAUAUUUUAUUAACGAGUGCGAAUAGGCCUGUUCUAAAGCUUGGUUCAUCUCAAGGUAAUUUAGACGCCUUUCAACGCAAAGACAAGAAAUGCAUAAGCUUCACCCAGUGUGAAAACACUUGAAAUUGACGUGUCUCAAUUUAAACCAGAUAAAAGUUGGCUGACGCGGCCUGACGAACGUUUAUUUUUUUCGCAUGUGACAUAAACACUUGCGGCUUGCGUUUGCGUCACCCUUUUGCGUUUGCGUACUAAGAGUAUUAACCAAGCUUCUCCUUUAGCAAACGCGUCUAACUAGGUGACUUGAUAAUGCGCAUGACAUGUAACUACGGACGGAGAGCUCAUAAAAAAGAAAAAAAAACAUAGGCCUAGUAUUGAAAUGUGAGCCAGUCGAAGUUUCGACGCGCUCUGCUAUCAUUAUCCACAUGUUCACUCACGUUUAUAUUUGAACUUAUGUCUAAACGACCUAUGAAUUUAGUGAAAAAUGGCAUAUUUAGGCCUGUAUGCAAUAUAGAAUAUUACGAUGAAACUACAACCGGGUAUGACAGUCAUAUAAUGACAAACGAUAUGGUACUACCUGUUGAUAGUUUAUAGUUCACCGGCAUUGGUAAGGGAUGGGGUUACGAAAUAAUCAUUAUAAUAACAAUCGUUACAGUGUGUAUUAGAAAUGCCGUAAAUAGUAUUUAUUCAUCGUUACAUACCGUACCACAGUUGUCUUUACGUUAUAUUUUUGUUUUUAUUGGCCGGUCCUAUCUAUAACUACCUCUUAUUAUUUUCUGAACGAUUCGACUAGGUUAUAUGUUAACACAAAGAAUGUUAAGCAAUUUGAAAAAAAAAAAACAGGAUUGUUUAUUUUUGUUUGUUGUGAAUAGAUUACUGUUUCAAGAAUUAUUUUUUAAGUAUAACACCUUGAAUCCAAUGCUACAUGUUUACAUUCAUUGAAUUAAUUAAGAAAAUAUUUCAUUAGGAAGAAAUCACUGGUGUAAAUAUUCAUUCAGGCCUACAGUAUGCAUGAAUAUAAAAAGAAAACUUUACGGAAACUCAACAAAUAUAGUGUACUAAGAAAUAGGCCUGGAUCAUACUCAUUCAACUUAAUCUAAAAAAUAAUCAUUCUAUAGGCAAACUUUGCAUGAUCUUGCCAAUUCAUUAUAUUUAUAUUAUGGACUUUUGAAAAGACUAUUGAUAACUGAUUAUAUUUCGUGGUCACACGCGUGUUUAUUUUGGGAACGUCAUUAACAAACGUUAAUAAUACGUGGUGACAGUUUGAAAACCAAUUGCGUUACUAAGUUACUGAGUCACCCGUAUGUCGUACGCGUGUCAUGGCACGUAAUAUCAACCUCCCCUAUCAAUGGCCUUAUUUAAUACGUGAUUAUCAUUUUCAUUUUUCAAGAUGACUUGUAAUCCGUUUUGAUCCUAAAUUAAUCUCGUAUUUGCAUAGCCCUUAUCUCUUGUCAUGUUAGCGCUUACUAAUAUGACAAAUACCAAUCGGCAAAAUUAUUAAUAUCAAAAAUAGCCGUCAAUCACCGGCUUCAGGAUUUCAAAUGAAUUAAGCAAAUCCAUAGUAGAAACCCGAUAUGUUUCGUUAAUAAGAAGAAUAUAGGACUUACCAUCUGAAAUCAUUAUCAACGUUUUUUCGCUUGAUUUAUACAUUUUGGGACUUAUUUUGCACAAAAUAAAUGACUACAUUUACUUCAA